UCUCUCUGCUCACACACUCUCUCUCUCUCUCUCUGGUGAUGACUUAUCAGCGUGACUAACCUCUGACUGCUCGGGUUUUCUGUGGAAAUGAAGACAAGAAUAUCAGGAACUUCCCGGACGAGAAACUUCCCACGAUGUUACGAAAAGUCGGUUAUUAAUGAAUGAAGCUCGUUUUUUUUAAUUGAUUUGAUUUCGUCCUGUCAGUGCUGAGACGGAACCAGGAUCUACAGAUUGUUCUGAUAGUUUGAAGGCCUGAACCAUGCUGCGGGACGGUGCGUUCACGGUCCUCCUCCUUCUGAUCAGCGCAGUUUCUGCUGAAACUGUUCCACCUCCAACAAACGUGACUUUGAGCUGCCAAAAUCUGAAAACCACAGUGAGCUGGGAAUACAACAAACACCAACCUCAAACCAGCUUCUGUGUGAAAAUCAAAUCGUCUGAAGAGUGUUAUGGGAACACCACAGACCAUCAGUACGAUCUGAGCCGCUUCAUCUGGGAAUCUACAGACCGCUACAAAGACAUCCAUUCUGUCACUGUAAUAGGCAUACAGGGAGGGAAAAUGUCUGAGCCUGUAACAUCAAACACACUGACCUUUAAUGACAUAAAGUUAGCUCAUAAAAAAUGUGUUUUAAAUUUCCCUCCUGUGAAUCUGACCGUAGAGGACUCGAGGAGCACAGUCAGCUUCCAGAAUCCCCUCCUCUUCUACAAAGAACUGAAGCAGGCCACGAAGCCAGACACCUACUUUGACUUCAGUGUCUCUUCAGAUAAUGGAAGUUUGGGGGAAGCACAGUGCCAAUCGACAGAGCCCAUUUGCAGAUUCGACUUCUCCUUCCCCGAGGGGGUGGAGGAGUGUGUCACGCUGGUCGGAUGGUUGAUGACUGGGCAACGUACCGACUGGGUGGCGUUCAAUAAGACAGGCCGCAUCUGUCACACUGACUCAACAGACGUCCACUGGGUAAUACUUGCUGUAGUGCUGGGUUGCCUUGUCCUCGUUAUCACUGCGGUAACAAUUUCUGUCUGUUGUGUGAAGGCCUGGACAACAAAGCCGCUGCCAACACCGAUUGUUAGGGAUUGGGACACACUCCCCCCAAAUGUGACACAACCUGAGGAAGAAGAAAGAACCGUUCUGGUGACUGUUGAACCGAGACCUGUUGUUCCAGACAGCUCAAAGGAUGACUACAGUCUCAGAAAGAGCCUCGAGGGCAGUGGCAACAGCUCGAUUAAGCCGAAUCUGAACAGACUCCACUACAGGACAGGACGACUGUCAGAGGGCAGCAGCCAGGAGCUGGAUGCUGGGAGAGAUGUGACAGACGAGGAGUCUGCAGACGGCUCAGAGAAAACAGAGUGUGUUUCGAUAGAUGACGAGGAGGAAGUGGAACGGGAAAGAAAAGAUGAGGGGCACUAUGACCGGCGCCCACAGAUUCUGCAGGACAUGGGUGGUGGAGACAUGGUCGAGACUUACUCACAGAGAUGAAACAACCAGCAGAGGUCUUAGUUAAACUCAAUCAAAGACUAGCUGAGGAUUUAAACACUGUCACAGGUGCGUACCUUGUUGCCGGGACCCUGGUCCUCCACCGCUGCUGCAAAGACUUCAGAACAAUGUGGAGCAACCUUACGGGCUUUGAGUUGUAAAAGUUGCUGCUCGUCUCAGGGAAAACAAACCAGUGGAUCUCCCAGUCGCCUUCCAGCUGCUGGUUACGCAGAUGAUGCACAACCCUCAGUCGAUUAUUUGUUAUUUUGAUUGUUGUUUUUUAUGUGUAGCCAUCAUUCAUGAAGGGAAGGGGAGUCAGUGUCUCAUUUUAAUUGAGCUUUAUCAUUUGUUAAAGGACAAAUGCACAAAAAGUGGUAUCCAAUGUAGAUAAGUGGAUAAAUGUAGGUUUUAUUGACCCUGGUUUAAUCUGAAUCUGAACCCUCGCUCUGUCUGGACUCUGAGCUCCCGGCAGCAGGUUUACAGGUGGCAUAAAUACCUCUCACCUUCACAGCCGCUGCCGCGCCUUCAUACUUGUAUCCACAUUCGUGUGUUUAGUGUAUCUGUGUGCUGCUGUUGGGCAAUCUGUGACCUGCAGAACUGGCUCUGUAGACAAUGCAUGGGAGGGUUUUUCUUUUGUUUGCAUCAAGAAGAUUAGGGGUGUCGAGAACAUGACCUCAGACUGGAUAUAAUUUUUUAAAAUGGUAUAUAACAAUGUGCCUUGUUCUCUAAACGGGGGUUUUAUAAAGCUCUUAAUGAAUAUAAUAAAGUAAUUUUACAAUAA